AGUUUAGACUGGACAUGAAUGUACUUUUCGAAGCGUUUCUCAUUUUUUGAUCGCUGAAAUUGGUUUUUCUACAAAACACAAGAUCGCGCUUUUCCUUAGAAGUAUUCGUGCCAACAUGAAGUUGAAACGGCUGCAAACGAACGGUCAUAAUUCAAUUGCGAAAAGACUAAAAACCAAUGAACCUAAAUGCGAAGAAAUCUUUACAAACACUGAUAACUCGUCUGAAUGCUCUUCAGAUUCUUUGGCGAGCUGUAGUGAACUCGUAACCAAAGGGAUUUUUCUUAAAACCAAUGUGGAAUUGACAAAGUGUCUCGCAUUAGAUUGUGAGAUGGUUGGUGUUGGCCAUUGCUAUUCAAAUGCACUGGCGAGAUGCAGUUUGGUUAACUACAAUGGUGAAGUUGUGGUCGAUGUUUAUGUUAAACCUGGGCAGCCCGUUACAGAUUAUCGUACAAAAUGGAGUGGCAUUCGUCGAGAGGAUCUAAAAGAUGGUCACUGUUUCGAUGAUGUACGAAAGUUUGUGAGGAAAAUCAUCGAAGGUUGUAUUUUAGUUGGUCAUGCAUUGCAUUCAGAUCUUCUUGCACUGAAACUCACACAUCCUCGGCAUUUGGUGAGGGAUACCUCGAAGUAUUGUCCAAUCAGAGGAUUAGCUGGUUUAAAGCAGAAUAUGACACCGUCCUUGAGAGAUCUAGCUGGUAUAUUGUUGAACGAGACCAUUCAAGAUGGUGAGCAUUGCUCAGUCGAAGAUGCUCGAGCUACAAUGUCGCUAUAUAGACUUUGUGAGAGCCAAUGGGAGAAAGAAUUACGUGGGGAACUAAGUAACGAGUCUUAUCUCUCGGAUAUGUAUUGGCCAUCAUGGACUCGGAAUAGACAUCAAACCUAAAGAUGGGCAUGGUCGAAUGUGUUGAUUAUAUGUGGAUUAAUUUUAAAAUCUCAUAUGGGAAUAUGUUUCCUACACAUAGUUGCAUUGAAAAUUGUUUUUAUCUUAAUAAUGUUGCUUAAUGUUGGUAAUAAAAUAAAGAUAUAAUUUAUGUGAGAAAAAAA